GAAUCGGCGACAGAGGGGAGUUACUGCCCUCGAACGCAUCAACGGCACCCAAUCCAUCCUCUCCUCAAGGAAAAAGAUAGGAGAAUAAAGUUCAAGAAAGCGAAACAGUAGACCACACCGCACACAAACACCCCCUCCCCCCUCCAGAAGCCCGUAGAGCGGCGCGCAUAGGAAGAAGCGGAGGAGCAAUGGACCAGCACAAGGAGCUGGAGGUAGAUGUGGAGGGAGAACCGACGGAUCAGCGCAAGGAGGCGGAGGCGGGGGCGGGCAAGCCUGAAGAACCCGCGGAUCAGCGCAAGGAGGAGGAAGGAGACAACCUCAAAGAGCCAACGGAUCAGAGUAAGGAGGAGGAGCGGCGGGAGGAGGGAGACAACCUCAAAGAGCCAACGGACCAGCGCAAGGAGGACGAGAAGGAGGACAAGUCUGAAGAGCUGACCGACCAGCGCAAGGCGGAGGCGGUGGCGGUGGCGGUGGCGGUGGCGGAGGUGGAGGUGGACAAGUCUGAAGAGCUCACCGACCAGCGCAAGGAGGAGGCGGGGGAGGAGAAGGACAAGGAGACGGAGAGGAGCUCCGGCGAGGAGUCGCCGUCGCUCUUCGUGCACCCGUGCUCGGUGCUGCUGCGGUACCUCGUCCGUGCCUACGCGUGGUGCAUGGGUAUGGCCGACUGGUUCGGCGGCGGCGGCACAAGGCCGAGCGCCGCUCCUGCCGCGUCUCUUAACUCGUCACGGGAAGAAGCAGGCGAGGCGGCGGACAUCGGGACCAGGGAGAUCUCCAAGACCACCACUGGCAGAGGGUUCUACAUGCGGGAGGUGAUCAUGCGCGUGAGGGCGGUGAGGAGGCCGCGGCCGCCGACCACUCCGAGGGAAGGGCGCGGCGGUGGUGGAGGAAGCCACAACUAGCUAGCGUUCAGGCUUGCUAGCCCUACGUACGCCUACGCGGUGGCAACGGAGUACGUACGUACGUCGUCUCAAUCUUGGCGCGGUACAGUUAGCGGGCUGUCAACUUCUGAAAGCAGGUGACCUUUGGUUGUUUGUUUGUGUGUAUAGCAAAGUGUCUGGAUAAUUAAGAAAUUAAGUGUUGACGUUCUUCGCGGAGGCUUGACUGAUCACAUCUUGCAAUAAGAUUAAGAUUAAGAACUACUGUGUGUGUUACAGUGUUAGUACAGCUCUUGCUGCAGUCUGUGUUCUGUAAGCUGAUUGAUACCCGUUCAACUUAUCUGCUAACUUUGGUAGUUAACUGCUA